CAUAAAGGAGUAUUGUGAAAAUAUCGCGUUACGCAAACAUGUGUGGAGCUGGGCGUAUGCUGUUUCCAAUAUGCUUGCUCCUGGCAUAUUUCAACUACAUUCUGUGUGAUGGUGCCCCAAAUAUGAACUGUUUGCCCGUGUUGGUGGCCAAAAACAAAACAAUUUCAGAGGAGGUGACGCACUUUCGAAUGGGACCAAAUGGAGCGAUGCGCGAAAAGAAAAUCAUGGAGCAUUACAACGUUACAGUGGUAGGCAGAGAAUAUCCGGCGAAUUGUCCGCGCAGAUGUAAGCCCAAGUGCAGUCGUCAUGCGAAUUGUGUGCAGCGUGGACAGAAUGAGCAACCGGAAUGUGUUUGCCACGAAGGUUAUCGAUUUGAAACUAUAAACGACGAGAUGCGUUGCAUGCCGCAAUGCGAUCGGAACUGUGGCAAGCACACCUAUUGCCCCAAGCCUGGUGCCUGCAGCUGCUGGAAAGGCUAUCAGCGAGCCGUGGAGAAUGCGACAAGCUGUGAACCCAUUUGUCAGGCAGACUGUGGACUCCAUAAACACUGCGCCAAGCCCGAUCUGUGUGAGUGUGACGCUGGUUACCUGACGGAUGCACUGGGUCAGUGUAGGCCCACAUGUAAGGCCUGUGGUGCAAAUGAAGAGUGCGUGCAGCCUGAGCAGUGCGUGUGCAAGGCGGGCUAUAAACGGAAUACGGAGGGUCUGUGCCGUCCACAGUGCUCUCAGGCAUGUGCGCUAAAUAAAUACUGCGCCCGACCGGAAGCAUGCGAAUGCCUAGCUGGCUACAAGGCAGACAUGUUGGGCGUUUGUCAGCCCAUCUGCGGCAAGGAGUGCGCACCGAACGAGGCGUGCAAAGCGCCGGAGCAUUGCGAUUGCCUCGAGGGCUACAAGCGAAAUCAAACGGGCAAGUGUGAGCCAGAGUGUUCCAAGGAGUGCCGCCUAAAUAGCCACUGUGCCCGGCCAGAGCUGUGCCUGUGCAGCGAGGGCUAUGCGGACGACAAGUGGGGCAGAUGCCAGCCCCAGUGCAGCAUGGAGUGCGCUGCUCAUGCGCGCUGCACUCAGCCGGAGCAUUGUGAAUGCGACGUUGGCUAUCAGAAGGAUAAGCGGGGCGCAUGUCAACCCAGCUGCCAGCAGGAUUGUGGUGAGCAUGGCUACUGCAGCGAGCCGAACAAAUGUAGCUGCCUGGCUGGCUAUCAGAUGUCCGAGCAGGGCCAGUGCACGCCCAUCUGUGUGGCAUGUGGCAAGCACACGCACUGCUCCCAGCCGGGCAAAUGCGAAUGCCUGGCAGGCUAUGUGCGAGCGGCAAAUUCCGAGAGCGCAGACUGCCAGCCCAGCUGCCCGGAAGAUUGUGGUGUCCAUGGCUAUUGCAGUCAGCCAGGCGCAUGUGCCUGCCAUGCGGGCUAUGAGCUGGAUGCGGAGGGCAGCUGCGCGCCCAUCUGUGCGCCGCAAUGUGAGCAGCACAGCUAUUGUGUCAGUCCGGGCACCUGUGCCUGCCGGCCCGGCUAUUCGGGCGAGGGCAAUCACUGUGCGCCACAGUGCAGCAUAGAGUGUGGCGACAAUAGCUACUGCGACGAGCCGGAAAAAUGCGAAUGCGUUACCGGCUAUACGCCGGAUGAUGCGGCUAGUCGCAACUGUUCCAGCAUGACUGCUCUCUGGUUCAUCGUUUUUGUUUGCAUAUGCGGCUUUUUGGCUAUCGCUGGACUUGCCUCAUGUGUGGCCUUUGUGCUUGGCAGGCGCUAUAGGAAACCCACCUAUUGCUCCCAUACGGAUACGACUGGUUCGGAUCUGCGUUCCAUUGAUCUGCGUCCAUUCGAUACGAGUGUGGAGGGCAUUCAGAAUAGCGCAUUUACUACGGAAAGUAUUUAAGACCCCUUUUCUAUAUUUAACAGAAAAAAAGAAGAAAUUGAUAUUUUCAUUCUCUAUUAAAAUAAGCAUGAAUCAAUUGUAUGUGCUAUUGGAAACGCUUAGGAACAACUUUUCAUGCGGUUUCUUUGUGACGCAUCGAAAAAACCUCAAAUAGUAUUAAAAAUAAAUCAUUAGGCGAGUUUGCUGCGUGUUCAAUCAGUGCCGUUGAGCGCUAAACAAUAUAUUCUAUA